CCAUCAGUUGCCUUAUCAGCAAAACCAAAAAACUCAACUUCCUGAAAAGCCACACUGCGAGCAAAGCAACACAAAACAAGAGAGAGAGACAGCCAUGGCGUCUCUGGCUCAGCAAUUCACAGGCUUAAGAUGCUCACCGCUCUCCACCUCGAGGCUCUCGAAGCCCUCAAUCCUGCCGAAGCAAAACAAAAUGCCUGGUUUGCUCCCCAUCGUCUCCGCCGCGGUCAUCUCGAAUGCACAGACCAAAGAGCGCCUCAAGCUCAAGGAAAUCUUCGAGGAUGCUCACGAACGGUGUCGUACUGCCCCCAUGGAAGGUGUCUCUUUCACUCUUGACUCCUUUUACAACGCUCUCGAGAAGUACGACUUCAAUUCUGAGAUUGGAACUAAGGUGAGGGGAACAGUUUUCAAUAUAGAUAACAAUGGAGCAUUAGUUGACAUUACUGCAAAAUCUUCAGCAUACUUGCCUCUUGAAGAGGCAUGCAUUCACAAAAUAAAGAGUGUAGAAGAAGUGGGCAUAGUUCCCGGAGUGAGAGAGGAGUUUGUGAUUAUUGGUGAAAACGAAGCUGACGAUAGCUUGAUCUUGAGCUUAAAGUCCAUCCAGUAUGACCUAGCAUGGGAAAGAUGUAGACAGCUCCAAGCUGAGGAUGUUGUUGUCAAGGGUAAGGUUGUUGGUGCGAAUAAAGGUGGAGUGGUGGCCGUGGUGGAAGGCCUUAGAGGUUUUGUUCCUUUCUCCCAGAUAUCAACAAAAUCAACUGCCGAAGAUCUUCUUGAAAAGGAGAUUCCUCUGAAGUUUGUGGAGGUUGAUGAAGAACAGUCUAGGCUUGUCCUCAGUAACCGCAAGGCCGUGGCAGACAACCAAGCACAGCUUGGAAUUGGGUCAGUUGUCCUUGGUACUGUUCAGAGCUUGAAGCCAUAUGGUGCCUUUAUCGACAUUGGUGGAAUCAACGGCCUUCUUCAUGUUAGUCAGAUCAGUCAUGACCGAGUCUCUGAUAUUGCGACAGUUCUCCAACCUGGUGACACUCUCAAGGUCAUGAUAUUGAGCCAUGACCGUGAGAGAGGCCGUGUAAGUCUUUCUACCAAGAAGUUAGAACCUACUCCCGGUGACAUGAUUCGCAAUCCAAAGCUUGUAUUUGAGAAGGCGGAGGAGAUGGCACAGACAUUCCGGCAGAGAAUUGCUCAAGCGGAAGCUAUGGCUCGUGCGGACAUGCUCCGUUUCCAGCCGGAGAGUGGGUUAACCCUCAGCUCCGACGGAAUCUUGGGUCCUCUCACUUCGGACUUGCCAGUCGAGGGUUUAGAUUUGAGCGACGUUCCCCCGGCUGAAGUGACUGACUGAGGCGUAAAUGUUCCUCAGCUUUUUCGGGGUUUUUCCCGCUUUAAUUUUCUUGUAGAAAUUGUUUGUAAAAGCUCAUACCCCAGACUGCCUGUGAUGCUAAUACACAAUCACAUUGCUUUAACAAAACCGUUUAUGCAUAUGGCUAGCUAUGGAAAAUGGAAACAUCAUUGUUCUGCUUU